CCCCACAGCUUCAUUCCCGCUCCUCUGAAAUCUUGUCAAUCUGCCACAACCUUUAGGUCCCUACCUGAGGUCUUCAUCCCUUAGGUCCAAUCUGGAUGCCGUGUCCUCGGUUGCCCUGGCUUCGUCGCCACCGAGCCUCUCAGAGCUCCAGCCCCGGCUCCCCAGGUGCCCUCUCCGCACCUAGCUCCCCUAGCAGAGGCGAAGAGGACGCAGAAGAGGACGAGGGUGAUGGCACCCCUGUCUCAGGCCCCAUCCUGCCUCCGGCAUCCCCCAUGGAAUGUCUUAUCUGUGUGUCACCCUUCGACGGAGUUUUCAAGCUGCCUAAACGCUUGGACUGCGGCCACAUCUUCUGUCUCGAGUGCCUAGCACGCCUGUCGCUGGCUACUGCGGGCGGCGGCGACGCAGUGGCUUGUCCCAUGUGCCGCGCGCCCACACGCUUGGCCCCACGCCGGGGGCUGCCCGCUCUGCCCACGCAGCCGGGUUUGCUGCCUCGCGACGCGUGUGCGUCGGCGCCACGCCAGGGCUCCGUGCGCUUCGACCGCCGUCGGGGGCUCUUGUACCUGCGGCCACCACCGCCGUCUCCUGGGCCACGCAAGAGCCGCACGGUGCGCGCCCCGCCGCCUCCACCCCCGCUGCGCCUCGGCCGCCCGCUGUCGCGUCGCCUGUCCCUGAGCAGUCCAGCGUGGGCUUUCAACGCAGCAGUGGCACUGGCCGUGCUGGUGGCUGCGGGCCUCAUAGUCUCUGGUGUCUACAUCUUCUUCCUCAUCCCUCAUGUCACGACCUCCGCACGGCCUCAGGUCGUGGCGCUGGCCCCUGAAAAUAGCUUCUGGGUCCCACCACGGCCCACGCCAGUGGCACCCUGGACCCACGCAUGGACACCGCGCCCUACAAAGCCUGACCUGGACCUGGACGAUGCUCUCCCAGAGGAUAAAAAGAACACACCGGAGCUUAAGGAGGCUGCCAAGAAUCCAGAAGAGACUCAGGAGAUCCCGGGUACACCACCGGCUCAAGCUCCGAAGGCAGAGUCUGAGCUUGGCUGGAACCGGAAGGUACGAGCUGAUGGGAAGAGAGUGUAA